CGCGACCGACGGCGAGCAAUCUUUCCUUCUUCAAUCCAAAUCUGAAACCCGCGACGUGUAGUUGUACGACGGAGGAAAGGUGCGCGAGUGCGAUUCGGCUGAAUUUUACAGGAAGUGAAAAGUGAUUAUUAUGCGAUAAAGUCGGAGGAAAAGUGGUGGAUUUUAGUGGGAAACUAUAACAAGAGACAUUCUGCAGUAGAUUCAGUCCCGGCUUCAUUCAGGAACUGAAGUCAGUUGGUGAAAUUCGCAAUCAUGGUGGAGGAUACUAUCAAAGAAGAACAGGAGCAGUCGAAAAAAGCCGCCAAAAAGGCAGCAAAGGAUGCCGCCAAGGCCGCUAAGAAAGCCGAACACAAGGCGGCCGCAGCCGCCGAAAAGGGCCAACAAGAAACGACCGGAGACGAGAGCAAGGACUACUCGGCCGACCUGUACGGAGUCACCAAGAUGAUUCAGAGCACGGCCAAACAUGCCGAUCGGGACUUCGUCAUGGUGCACGAUUUGUCUAGCUGCCCAAAGGACGCCCUGGUGUGGGUUCGGGGUCGAGUUCAUACGUCGCGAGCCAAGGGCAAGCAGUGCUUCCUGGUCCUCCGCCAGCAGAGCAGUACCGUUCAGUGUGUGCUGGCGGUGAACGAUAGCACCGUGUCGAAGCAGAUGGUCAAAUUUUCCGGAAGUAUUCCCCGCGAAAGCAUCAUCGAUCUGAAAGCGAAGGUCGUCCAGGUGGAAAGCAAAAUCGAAUCGUGUACCGAGCAGAACCUGGAGCUGCAUGUGUUGGAGAUUUUCCUGGUGUCGGCGGCGAAGGCGCAGCUUCCGCUGCAGAUCGAAGAUGCCGCGCGACCGGAAAAAUCCGACGACCCGGAAGCGUUGAAAAUUCGUGUCAAUCAGGAUACUCGGUUGGACAACCGCGUGUUGGAUUUGAGAACGCCGGCCAAUCAGGCCAUUUUCCGACUGGAGGCUGGCGUGUGCAAACUGUUCCGUGACAUUCUGACGAAUAAGGGUUUCACGGAAAUCCACACGCCGAAAAUUAUUUCCGCUGCCAGCGAGGGAGGAGCCAACGUGUUUACGGUCAGCUAUUUCAAAGACUCAGCGUAUUUGGCCCAAUCCCCACAGCUGUACAAGCAGAUGGCGAUCGCUGCUGACUUCGACAAGGUGUUCACCGUGGGUGCCGUGUUCCGAGCCGAAGACUCCAACACGCACCGACAUUUGACCGAAUUUGUCGGGCUCGAUCUGGAAAUGGCCUUCAAGUAUCACUACCACGAGGUGUUGGACACCAUCGGCAAUACGUUUACCGAAAUUUUCAAAGGACUGCGCGAUAACUAUGCCCGAGAAAUAACAGCAGUCGGUCAGCAGUACAACGUGGAACCGUUCAAGUUCUUGGAACCUCCGCUCAAGUUGGAAUACGCCCAAGCGGUAACCAUGCUGCGGGAAGCCGGUGUCACCAUGGACGACGAAGAGGACCUUUCGACACCGAGCGAAAAGCUUCUGGGUCGACUGGUCAAGGCCAAGUACGAUACCGAUUUCUACAUUCUGGACAAAUUCCCGCUGGCGGUGCGACCGUUCUACACGAUGCCCGAUCCGAGCAAUCCCAAAUAUUCCAACUCGUACGACAUGUUCAUGCGAGGCGAGGAGAUCCUGUCCGGUGCGCAGCGUAUCCACGAUCCGGAAUACCUGGUCGAACGCGCCAAACAUCACGCAAUCGACAUCUCCAAAAUCGCAGCCUACAUCGAAGCGUUCCGUUUCGGUUGUCCGCCGCACGCCGGCGGUGGCAUCGGUAUGGAGCGAGUCGUUAUGCUAUACCUAGGACUGGACAACAUCCGCAAAACUUCGAUGUUCCCACGUGACCCGAAACGGCUUACGCCCUAGGCGUCUCGGAUUAUGAUCGCAACAACACUAUUAUAUCACACAGCAACACAGCACAGUUCCCAGUUUAACGUUUCAUUUGUGUUACAAGUUUUUGUCCCAUUCCCUCCGUGUUCUUUUCGAUAAGAUUCCAGCCUAAUUUGUGACCCAGUUCGCCACGGGCAUUGAGUGUCCUGUACGUUGGGUGUUAGUUCUUAGAGUAUGCGCGUGCGCACAUCAUCUUUCAAACCCGGAAAGGCGACCAAUCACGAGUGAGGGAAUAAUAAAAACCAAUACGGUCUACGAUAAUCGUACUAUAGGCGUUAGUUUCAAAAAGACUAGUUUACCCGGGAAACUACUAUUACUUUGGAGACGAUAACUAGCAUAACGAUACAUAAUAAUCUAGAGCAAAUCGGUACGAACUGAACGGAUACUUAACCGGAACCUGAAAUGCGAAGCUAUUACAAAGUUUGAACGGAAAUUGCGUGUGAGUGAGUAAGCUUGGUGGCAGAAAAGAGAUUCAAAUAAGCGCAUUUUUGUCUUUGGUAAAUAUGAACUUGUAUCAAUAAGGGCGUAAAAUAAAGCAAAACGUCUACUUUGAA